UGUGCAUUUCUUACCUGGGAAGAUUUUACCAGGACCUCAAAGACCGAGACGUCACGUUCUCGCCGGCCGCUGUCGAGGAACAGCUCACAAAGUUCUGCCGUGAGGCGCGAGGCAAGGAGAACCGCUUGUGCUACUACAUUGGGGCCACAGAUGAUGCUGCUACGAAAAUCAUCAAUGAGGUGUCAAAACCCUUGGCCCACCACAUCCCCGUGGAGAAGAUUUGUGAGAAGCUGAAGAAGAAAGAUAGCCAGAUCUGUGAGCUAAAGUAUGACAAGCAGAUCGACCUGAGCACCGUGGACCUGAAGAAGCUCCGCGUGAAAGAGCUGAAAAAGAUCUUGGACGACUGGGGAGAGACUUGCAAAGGCUGUGCUGAGAAAUCUGAUUACAUCCGGAAGAUAAAUGAACUGAUGCCUAAAUAUGCCCCCAAGGCAGCCAGUGCUCGGACUGAUUUAUAGUCUACCCACCCCAAUUCCUGCUGCACCCGAGGGGAAGAAGUUUGGCUGUUUCUUGCCAAAGCAGCCGUUUUGUAAUUUAUUUUUUAAGCGGGCUCCUGACAAUAUCAGAUGUGAAGCCUGGAGCUUUCCUGAUGAUGCGGGCUCUAUGGUGCCCCCAUAGUGGGAUUCAUUUCCUUCUGUUGCUGGUUUACUCUAGGACUUCAAAGUGUGUCUGGAAUUUUUUUAUUAAAAGAAAAAAAAAUCUAACUGUC